AUGAAAAUAAACAGCAAAGGUCGUCCUGAUUGGUGGAAAGAGCUGGGCGUUCGUGAUGAGGUAGUUCGUAGCGGAAAAUGGCGAGUGGUACGCCAUCGUUACAAAGAGGAGGAUCCCGAGUAUUUUGAUCCGAAGGUUGCCGACGGCACUUCUAUUUCUGGUCCAUUCGGUCUUGAUUCGAGGUAUCACCGUAACUUAACUAUUAAGACCGACCAGCCUAUGAAGUUGGACGACUUCCAGACAAAGGUAUGGAAGGGAUCACAUCAAUAUAAGAAUAUCGCGGAAAAGUACAAUUUGAGUGAAGAACAUCCAGGAUUUGACGUCAGUCCAACUCUCAACGACCUCGUAGCCAUGCUACCUAUCACCAUGCUUGAAAUCCGCGCCACCGGUUCCGUGCCUGCUAAGGAAUUCUCGCCCCGAAAGUUCGCAAAGCGCUAUUUCCAGUUGAUGCCUAAACCAACAAUAGCGGCGUUUUCUUGGGGAUUCGCGCUCUCUUCUGCGGCAGUUAUGCGCAACAAGGACGAUGUCAAGAACCACCUUUUCUCUAGUGCUGCAGUUGGAGCUGUUGUUGCAUCAAUGAAAGACAAUAUUCCCCUGGGACUCACUUUUGCUGGAGUUUCACUCAUUCUUGGUACUGUCUGGCACUAUUGUCGCAUAUCGGAGGAAGGCAUACAGGGCAGAACGAUGCAUCCGACCAGUGCUGGAAUGUGGGGUGGACCAAUUAUUUGGAAAGCGUUCCAUUGGGGUGAUGCGGAGGUCCCACAGUCACGAUUUUAA